AUGAGUGACAUAUCCACCAACGGGACAAAGCUUCCACAUAUCAAUGAUGAUUUGAUAUGGAAGAUUUUUGUCAAAGUUGAGCCCAAAACUGUUGGUAGACUCAAAGUUGUGAACAAGGCAUGGAAAUACAGACUCUCAACCCCAUUAUUCAUCAAGCAGAACUGGGAGAAAAACAAGCAUAGAGACAAGAGUGUGAUUAUCGGCAUUGGUUAUCCUCCAGCCGAUCAGAACUCGCAAUGGUUUGUUCGCGUUAUGGCGGACACUGGAGCACAAAUUCAAUUCAGCAUUCCGUUUAACAUCAAUGGCUUCUGGUUCUACUCACUCAUAGGAUCAGACCAUGGUGUGUUGUGUGUAAGGGUAUCACCAGGGGGUCUUAACGCUAGGCUCAUUAUAUGGAACCCUCUCACUAGAAAGACUAACUUUGUCACCGAUGAAGCUAUAAGACAUUGUUCUCAUGCUGUGUCCCUUUAUGCAUUUGGCUUCACGCAUGAUUCAAUGGAGUAUCGCAUUCUCCAUGUUUACAAGAAGCAUAUAGAGAAAAGACGGAUGUCCUGGGCUCUAUACAACUCCAUUGAUGCUGAUUGGGUUGAUUCAGGAACAUUCGAAAGUAAUGUUCAGAAGCUCGGGCCUAAGUCAAUUGUUAAUGAUGAAAAAGCAUAUUGGGUAGGUUGGGAUGGAGUUGGCUAUUUGAAUCCAGUUUCAAUUUGCACAUUUAAUUUGCAACAGCAGCAGUGCUAUGAAGGAAACAUUCCAGAUGAAACCAAGUCUACAUACCACACUUUAACGCACUUUAAAGAAGGUGUUGGUUUCAUAUCAUACCAUAACAUCGGUUUCAUGAAACAAAUGGUUGUUUGGGGCCUUAAGGAAGAUAAUAACAACAUGCUGGUCUGGGAUAAAUUUUUUAAAGUAUCAGAAAUUGCAAUUCCACACAACCCCACAUUGUUUGUUGGAAAAGAUAUUUUGUCAAUCAUGGAAUUGAGGUGCAGUUCUGGUGGUUCGAAUGACACCGAGAGGACUGAUAUACUACUGACAAGACUUAAGUUCAUGAGUUCUACCAGGGACAUAUUAUUACACCAAACUUGGCAGGAGAGGGUUUAUGUGAAGACCAUCACAAUGUAUUCCGAAGAGCUUUACAUGGUUUAG